AUGUGUCUCCACCGCCCUCUACUGCCUCCUAGCGAGGAGCAUUCCAUCCACGCCGCCCUCCCGCUUCCCACGCCAGAGUCGGUCCGGCAGCAGCUGCCAGCUGUAUUUUUGAGACGUCUCAAAAAUAGCCUCUCUACACGCCAGAGUCGGGCUGGUCCUCCAGGAGCUGAAGCAGGAGCUGGAGUGCGAGAGGUGCUUGUCCGGUUGGUCCUCCAGGGUCUGAAGCAGGAGUGGGGCGCGUUCCCAGGGAGUGACACGUGGUUACCUAACAAUGACUGUGGCGCCAUUUCACGCCCAUGGGUGGCUGUGCUUCUGAGGCGCCUCAAAAGUGGUCUCACAGGCAGCAUACCCACCAGCAUUGUCAACCUGAGAGUAGACAUCAUCAAUCUGAGCAACAACCACCUCAGAGGGCCCCUCCCACCAUCUCUCUUGGACACCGAUAAUUUUCAGGAAUUGGAUCUCUCAUACAAUCAGCUCACCGGCUCGAUCCCUACAAGCUACAGUCAGGGACUUGGAUCCAUGUUGCAACUGCGGCUGCAAGGGAAUCGCCUCACAGGCUCCAUUCCAGGGGACAUGCUGGCAGCCCUGUUUAAUUUGCAAGAGCUUCUUCUCAACAGCAACCAGCUAGCGGGCAACAUACCCAUCCAGAUCAGUGAAAUGUUCGGUCUCACACGACUAAACCUGGGGAGCAACCAGCUGACGGGAACGCUGCCCAUUGGAAUGAGCCUCCUGACACAGCUCCAGUCCCUGUCAGUAGCGAACAGCCUUAUAGGAGGCUACGUGCACGAGGCAUUAGCCAUCAUGACAACACUCACCCUGAUAGACAUUUCCAACAGCGGUAUUACAGGAACCCUUACAGACGGAAUGUCAGUCCUCCGUGAUUUGCAAGAGCUUGACCUGAGCAACAACCGUCUGCAUGGAACCAUCCCCACUCUUCUCACAGGCCUUGUCCGUCUCACCCUCCUUAACCUGCGCAACAACCAGCUGACAGGUCCCAUACUGCAGCCCAUCCCAUCAUCAGUCACCGUCUACAAUCUCGACCUCAACUACUUCUCCUCAGGCUUCUCCUCCCCACCUGACUGCUACCAAGGCUCCAUCUCCUUCCGCUUCAACUGCCUCGAAACCCCCACCCAAGGCUUUUCCUGCCCCACGCCAGCCACGCCCUCUGCUGCGGAUGCAGCGGUGCAGCGACCGGAGGAGCUCUGUGCUGCCUUCUGCGGUGUGAGUGCUACUGAUCCCCCGUGCGACGGCCAUGGCGUGUGCUAUCUGGACGGCCCCAGCAGAGUGCCCACGUGUGACUGCGAGUCUGGGUUUGUCAACGGGGAGUCUCCUGGAACCUGCGUCGUCGAAGGCAGUGAGGACCCAGUAAUCGUGCAGCCAACAGCAGCACAGACAGAAGUGAAGGGGGGGGCAGCAGUGGCAAACGACGGGAGCAUCUCGCUUACAGCCUCACAGCCCAACACGUGGGGUGCAGCGUUCCUCCAACUUCCCAUCCCACUCUUCUCCUUCUCCCUGAAAGCCGGUGCCUGUGGCCGCCCCUUGGCCUUCACCGUCUAUUUCUCCUUCUCCAUUCUCAAACCAGCCACCGCCAGCAGGGCAGCAAUGACAGCAGCAGGAGACGCAGGCGACGGAUUUGCGUUUGUGAUUGCAGCCACUGACGCUGCUACGGGUGGUAGUAGUGGCAGCAGCGAUGGCAGUGGGGGCGGCGGCAGCUUGGGGUAUGCAGGCAUGGAUGAGCGCAGCAUUGCAGUGGAGUUUGAUACUGCUAAGAGCACCGAUGCCAACGACCCAGACAACAACCACGUGGGAAUCAGUGUGAGGGGCAACACCUCUUCCAUCGCAACAGCCAAAGUGCCCUUCACUCUCAACGACGGCAGGCCAAAGCAAGCCUGGGUCGUCUUUGAACCCUCUCCUUCCUCCUCUGGCGGUGCUGCUAGUGGCAGCAGCAACAGCAGCGGGGGCAGCGCGGGGUGGCUGCGGGUGUUUCUGUCGGCCAAGGGGUCCCCUCGGCCGAGCAAGGCAGUGGUGGCGAUGCAGGUGUCGCUGUGCGAGUUCCUGCAGCCCAGUGCAGCCGAGGCAUCGUUCCUCAUGGGCUUCACUGCUUCAUCUUCUCAUUCCCCACAGCUCCACUCCAUCCUCGAGUGGAACAUCACCACAGGUCUGUGCUGUUGCUCCCUGUUGCUUCCUGCUGCCCCCCCUCCGUUCUCCUCUGCUCCGUUCUUAUUGCUGUUUCCUUCUGCUCCUUGCUUCCCGCCUAUUGCCGUGCGCUCCGCACUUGUUCCAGCACAGCUGCUGCCAUCCCCCUCCUCCAUCUGCCAGCAGUUUGGGUUCCAGUUCAGCGAGGCAUCGCUGGCACCAGUGGGGGCAAACCUGUUUUUCCGCUACGCCAGUGCGGGCGUGCAGGCACUGCUGCCAGUAGGCGGAGAAGGAGGGGAAGGGGGAAGCGGCAAGGAGGAGGAGGUGUGGGUGGUGAACCAGGCGUUCUCCUGGACCGACCAGGGGCUUUCAUGGCCCGUCCAGAACCAGGGCGCCUGCGGCGACUGCUGGGCGUACGCGGUGGUGGGCAGCAUAGAAAUGGCAUACGGCAUUCUCUCCAACCUCACCAUCGUGCCACACCUCUCAGUCACCCAGCUGCGCAGCGCCCUCGGCUCCUCAUGCUCACAGGGCAACUCGCCCUCCCAGGCCUUCCAGUACCUCGUAACUCUCAACGCCAAGAGCAAAGUGGGGCUCACGGAGGAUGGCGGGACCGGGGUGGUGGUGAGCGGGGGCGGGGCCACGAAGAGCAGCAGCCAGAGCCCUCUCUGUAGCAUGCCCAUCUUAGCUCUGCUCGCACAAGCACUUGGGAUCCCCUGUGGCAAAGGCCGGACCCCCGGACCGAGCAAGCCAUCGGGGGGGGCGUUCAGGGUGAAUGGGUUUGAGCGCACGGCGUUCCACGGCUGGUUUGGCCUGCUGCUGGCCGUGCAGCGACAGCCCGUGGUGGUGCAUGUGCAGGCCACCGUCCCCUCCUUCCUUGACUAUGAUGGGCUAUCCAAGUACGCGGACCCCUCGUGCUUCACGUACAACCUGAACCACGUGGUGCUGCUGGUGGGCUAUCGCCUCACCGGCUCAGACCCCACCUUCCCGCACAUGGCGCCACCCUUCUGGAUCAUCCGCAACUCAUGGGGCCCGGAGUGGGGCGACGGCGGGCACAUGCGGAUGGACAUCCAGGGGGGCGACGGCGUGUGUGGGAUCAACACGCUGCCUGGGAUCUACCCGGUGGUGCGCGCUGCCAAGGACCCCUGCAACGUCAACGGCACCACCAGUGGGGUGUUUGGGCCGCUCUUCAACCCCUGUGGCAACUUCACGUGCACGCCCACGCCUGAUGGGGCCAGCAACCACUGCGACUGCAACGACCCGCGAUUCGUCGAGGCGCUUCAACCAGACAACUCUCGCACCUGUGCUUACAUGGACGCGUGCAGGGCAGCGGUGCACAAUCCAUGUGCAGUGGGCACGUGUGUGAAUGAUGGCAAGGGGUCAUACUCGUGUGUUUGCCCUCCGGGCUUCAGGCAGGGCACCACUGUUGAUGGCACCUUCUCCUGUGGUCCAGGGGACUCCAGCAGCACAUACAAGGUGGUGUCGUUGGGUGUCACGUGUGCCGACAUCCACCCCGUCUACGGCCUCACUCUCGCCCACCUGCAACAACAAAAUCCUCGCUCCUCUUCUUGUCGGCACGGUGGUGAACGUGGUCCAGCCAGCCGACCUCACGCCCUGCUCUGUCUACUACACCACAUCAGAGGUCCGCGCCCUCUCUUUCUCCCUCCUCUCACUUCUACCCCUCCUCACUCUCCUCUCCCUACUCUCCCUCCUCUCCCCUCUCUCCCUCCUCUCGCUCCUCUCGCUUCUCUCCGUCCCCACCUCUCGCAUUUAUUUCUCUCCCCUGCCCCCUUCCCCCUCUCCCCCCCUGUCCCCCACCCUCUCAUCUCCUCUCAUCAUCCCCCUUGGUCCCUCCCUCUCGUCCUCCCCCCCUCCCUCCCAUCCCCCCAGGGUGACAUAUGCGAGUCACUAGCCACCUACUUCGCCCUCACAGCCGGCUGCCCCACUCCCACCGAGCCCUGUGCAGCGGCCUUCCAGGCGCUCAACCCCGGGCUGGACUGCUCUGGCAGCGGGGAGCUGCUGCCCAGCCAGGCGGUGUGUGUGGAGCGGCGGGCGGAGAGUGCAGCGGCGCUUCUCAUCCCGGUGUGUUCGCAGUUCUAUCUGGUGCAGGCCGGGGAGACGUGCGACCAGAUCCGCUCCGUGCCCUCCCCGCCGCUCUCCCCUCUCGAGUUCUUCCGCCUCAACCCCGGCAUCAAGUGCAGCCGCCUCGUGCCCAAGACUGACGUCGGCAGCCUCACAGGCUUCGAGGUCCCCCUCUGCUCUCCACUUCACCCUUCCCUCACACAACCCUCUUUCCUCCUGCCUCUCCUUUCCACAGUCCUACCAGACCUUCCCUAUGCACUUGGAUUCCCACCUUCCCCAUGCACUUGGAUUCCCACCUUCCCCAUGCACUUGGAUUCCCACCUUCCCCAUGCACUUGGAUUCCCACCUUCCCCAUGCACUUGGAUUCCCACCUUCCCCAUGCACUUGGAUUCCCACCUUCCCCAUGCACUUGGAUUCCCACCUUCCCCGUGCACUUGGAUUCCCACCUUCCCCAUGCACUUGGAUUCCCACCUUCCCCAUGCACUUGGAUUCCCACCUUCCCCGUGCACUUGGAUUCCCACCUUCCCCAUGCACUUGGAUUCCCACCUUCCCCAUACACUUGGAUUCCCACCUUCCCCGUGCACUUGGAUUCCCACCUUCCCCAUGCACUUGGAUUCCCACCUUCCCCAUGCACUUGGAUUCCCACCUUCCCCAUGCACUUGGAUUCCCACCUUCCCCAUGCACUUGGAUUCCCACCUUCCCCAUGCACUUGGAUUCCCACCUUCCCCAUGCACUUGGAUUCCCACCUUCCCCGUGCACUUGGAUUCCCACCUUCCCCAUACACUUGGAUUCCCACAUAGGUUCACACUCAGGAAUGCUUGA